AUGGCCGCAUCCAAUGCAUCUCUCAACUACAGUAAAACCCAAGCACUCUCGUUAUCCGGUAAACCACACCCACCCUGGAUUUCUUUCCUACAAGAUCAGGGUAUCACAUCAUGGCACGACCGCACUGCUACCGAACCUCUCACCUACUUAGGAUUUGCCAUAUGCUCAAGUGCCAAUCAACGCGCAACCUAUGCCCUCUCCAUCAUCUCCAAGAUUCGCGCCUAUUGCCAGCUUCACUCCACCCGCGCACUAACAUACCGAGGUAGGGUCACCGUCAUCAAUGCGCUCUUAUAUUCGAAACUUUGGCACGUUAUGCGCCUCUUUACAUUUUCAUCCCCUGAACUCAAACAGCUCCAGCAACUCGCCGCCACCUUUAUCAACUGCGGAUCCAAAAUCUCUCGCCUCGCUUUUGACCACCUCACCCACUCCAUCAACCAAGGGGGCUUGAAGCUCCUCGAUCCAGCCACUCAAGCUAAUGCCUUACAAUAG